UGGAAGGACGAGAGGUACCCUUCAAUCCCGUCACAGUACGCCACAAGGUCUCUUUCUCUGUCGUUCGUUAGAACACUUACAUAAACCUCAAAGCCCUUCUCGUUCGGUCCGCGAGAUUCUCUUCUACCUUUCCUUUCAUUCUCUGCGUAUUUCUCUGAAAGUCUAGUUAAACACUCCACUAUAUCGUUGUUGUUAUCGUCUAACAAUCCAAAGCGGAAGAUGCAGAGUUUCUUCAAUGGAAGAACAGAUGAUUUGGCUCAGUUUCAAUCUACCAUGCAAGCAAUCGAGCAAGCUUGCAGUUACAUCCAGAUGCAGACCAAUCCAGCAGUAGCUGAGGCAACUCUCUUAUCUCUGCGCCAAUCUCCUCAGCUAUAUCAAACAUGUAAAUUCAUUCUUGAAAAUUCUCAGGUGGCUCCUGCAAGGUUUCAAGCUGCUGCAGCCAUUCGAGAUGCUGCCAUCAGGGAAUGGGGGUUUCUUUCAGCAGAUGAAAAGAGAAGCUUGGUAAGUUAUUGCCUGUGUUUUGUUAUUCAACAUGCAAGUUCACCUGAUGCAUUCGUCCAAGCAAAGGUUUCUGCUGUGGGAGGCCAGUUAAUGAAAAGAGGCUGGCUAGACUUCAUGGAAUCUGAAAAAGAGGCUUUCCUCUCUGAGGUAAAGAUGGCUGUUCUUGGAAAUCAUGGUGUAGCUGCUCAGUUCGUUGGGAUCAAUUUCCUAGAGUCAAUGGUGUCAGAAUUUUCACCUGAUACUUCAACUGCUAUGGGUCUUCCUAGGGAGUUUCAUGAACAGUGCCGAGCUUCAUUGGAGCUGCACUAUUUGAAGAAAUUCUACUCUUGGGCACAAGAAUCCGCUUUUAGCGUCACAAGCAAAGUUGUGGAAUGUGAUUCUACUGUAGCAGAAGUUAAAGUUUGUGCUGUUGCAUUGCGUCUUAUGUUCCAAAUCAUGAACUGGGAUUUCCAAUUGAACAAGAAUGCAGUUGAACGUGUGAAAAGCAUAAAUGUCUUUUCUUCGGGAGUUAAAAAUGUUGCUGUGUUGCUUAAGAAGUCUGAAUGUAUCUUUGUACAGCCAGGGUCCUCAUGGCGUGAUGUUUUGAUUUCCAGUGGUCAUAUUGGUUGGCUCUUGGGUUUAUACGGGAUGCUGCGACAGAAGUUCUCAAGUGAUUCUUAUUGGCUUGACUCUCCUAUUGCUGUUUCUGCUAGACAGCUUAUAAUUCAGCUUUGCUCCUUGACAGGGACAAUAUUUCCUUCUGAUAAUGGGCAAAUGCAAGAACACCACCUGGUUCAAAUGCUUUCUGGAAUUAUCCAAUGGAUUCACCCUCCUGAUAUUAUUUCGGCUGCAAUUGAAAAUGGGAAAAGUGAGAGUGAGUUGCUUGAUGGUUGCCGUGCAUUGCUUUAUAUGGCAAUUCUAACUACUCCUAUGGUGUUUGACAAGCUCCUGAAAUCUAUAAGGUCUGUGGCAUGCCCUCUUGGCACUCUUAGCUUGUUAUCCUCCUUAACUUGUGAAGUUGUGAAAGCCCGUAUGGCUGAUAACACUGAAGAAGAAACAUGGAGUUGGUAUGCACGGGAUAUCUUAUUGGAUUCAUGGACUGCCAUUCUUCAGCCUCCAGAUAUUGGUAAAGAUGCUGAGCUUCCACCAGAGUGUAUAAGAGCUUCUGCCGGUGUUUUCAACUUAAUUAUAGAAUCUGAGCUAAAGGAUGCUGCUGUGUCAGCGUUCGAUGAUGGGGAUGACUCUGAACUCCCCCAGGCUUCCAUUUCUGCGAUGGAUGAGAGAUUGAGCUCUUAUGCUCUUCUUGCACGAGCGGCUGUUGACGUCACAAUUCCUUUACUCACGAAGCUGUUUUCUGAGCGCUUUACACUACUUCAUCACGGAAGAGGAACAUCUGAUCCUACAUGUACUCUGGAAGAACUCUAUUCACUCUUAUUGAUAACUGGGCAUGUUCUUGCUGAUGAAGGAGAGGGAGAGACACCCUUGGUUCCAGAGGCACUAGAAGCCCAUUUUGUAGAUAUUGUGGAAACAAAGCACCAUCCUGUAGUCGUCCUUUCUUGCUCCAUCCUAAAGUUUGCCGAACAGAGUUUGGAUCCAGAAACCAGAACAGCAUUUUUCAGUCCUCGACUUAUGGAGGCAGUUAUCUGGUUCCUCGCUCGAUGGUCUGAUACAUAUUUAAUGCCACUUGAAGGUGGACGCCAAAGCAACUGUAAUCCAGGUCAUGACAGAAAUUGCCAACAUGAGUCACAACUGUCCAAGAAGGCUUUACUUAGCUUCUUUGGAGAGCAUAAUCAGGGAAAGCUUGUGCUUGAUAUUAUUGUUAAGAUUUCCAUGACAACCCUUGUUUCAUAUCCUGGAGAGAAACAGCUACAGGAACUCACUUGUUGUCAGUUACUUCCUGCAGUUGUUCGACGAAAGAAUGUCUGUGCUCAUCUUGUCACACUGGAUUCUUGGCGCAACUUGGCAAAUACUUUUGCAAAUGGUAGAAGUUUGUUCUCCUUAACUGCUACUCAUCAGCGGUCACUAGCUGAAACCCUGAUUCGUUCUGCUGCUGGCAUGAGAAAUUCAGAGGCAGCCAAUCAGUACGUGAGGGAUCUCAUGGGUCAAAUGACAGCAUACCUUGUAGAUAUCUCCAGCGACAGUAAUAUCAAAAGUGUUGCUCAACAGCCAGAUGCUAUUCUUUCAGUUAGCUGUCUGUUGGAGAGAUUACGAGGAGCAGCCAGGGCUUCUCAGCCUCGCACUCAAAAAGCAAUAUUUGAGAUGGGUAUCUCUGUGAUGAACCCUGUUCUCACUCUUCUAGAGAUUUACAAGCAUGAGUCUGCAGUUGUUUACUUGUUACUCAAAUUUGUUGUCGAUUGGGUGGAUGGGCAAGUUGUCUUCUUGGAAGCUAAAGAUACUACUGUUGUGGUUACCUUCUGCAUGCAGCUGCUUCAACUCUACUCUUCUCAUAAUAUUGGCAAGAUAUCAUUGAGUCUUUCAAGCAGCUUGCUGAGUGAAGCAAAGACCGAAAAGUACAAAGAUUUACGUGCUCUACUUCAACUCCUCACAAAUCUCUGUUCAAAAGAUAUAGUUGACUUUUCCUCUGAUUCCAAUGAGGCAGAAAGAACAGACAUUGCUCAGGUCAUUUACUUAGGUUUGCAUAUAGUCACCCCUCUGAUAUCUUUGGAGUUGCUGAAAUACCCAAAGCUUUGCCAUGAUUAUUUUGCACUGGUGUCUCACAUGUUGGAGGUGUAUCCUGAAAAGAUUGUACAGUUGAAUAAUGAAGCCUUUGCUCAUAUAGUUGGAACUCUUGAUUUUGGGAUUCAUCACCAGGACACAGAAGUUGUUAAUAUGUGCUUGAGAUCUCUGAAUGCACUUGCUUCUUACCAUUACAAAGAGAGGGGUGCUGGCAAAGAGGGUUUGGGCUCACAUGUUGCAGGUAUGAUGGACCAGGAUGGAAAAUUGCAGGAGGGCGUUUUGUGCCGGUUCCUUCGAGCAUUGCUGCAGUUAUUACUUUUUGAAGAUUACAGCACUGAACUUGUCAGCUCGGCAGCAGAUGCUCUUCUUCCAUUGAUCCUUUGUGAACAAGGUCUAUAUCAGAGAUUAGGGCAUGAGUUAAUAGAAAGGCAAGUGAACCCACAACUGAAAUCAAGGUUGGCAAAUGCAUUGCACUGUCUCACUAGUUCAAAUGAGCUUUCUUCUUCUCUUGACCGGAUAAAUUCUCAGAAAUUCCGAAAGAACCUUUAUGCUUUCCUGGUUGAAGUUCGUGGAUUUUUGAGGACAAUGUGAUGUGUUCUGAAAAUGAGACUCUUUGGAUUAUAUGGUUGCGUUUGCAAGCGGUCAGAUGGCUGAGUUGCACGGGUAUUGAGAUUCUCUGCAUGCCAAUCUGAAUGUAAAUCACAGAAGCAUCAGUGGAUUCAUUUGAAUUUUUUCAACCAUUGUUGAUAUUUUGAUUAUACGGGUGCCCUAUUCUUGAGAAAAUUUAGCACGAGAAAUGUGAAAUCUGGGAAAAUGAUACAGAACCAAGAUGAAGCCUCUUUCAAGUGGAAGUUUGCACAUCUUCAUCUGGAUGAAAACUGUGAAGCAGUGGGGUUGAGCGUCAAUUCAAAAUGUAGAGAAACUCACUGUAAAUGUGUCGAAAUGUAAACUUGGAAGAAAGUAGAUCAGAGCAUCAAAUUGUGAAGAGAUAAGCAGGUAUAAAAGAAGAAAUUUGAC